AUGAACAAGUAUUUUGGAGGGAGAAAGGUAACAUACGCUGACCUGGAGAAGCAGAUGUUGGCAAUGAAAUCAAAGCCAUCUGAGGAUCGUAAGAAGAUGGCCGUUCUGUUCUUCUUAGCCAGCAUCCUUGUCGGAGGCCGAAAGAGUGGUGAGGGAGCAUCACCUGUGGACAGUUUCUUCCUGCGUGUUGUUGAUGACCUAGAUGCGUGUGUAACGUUCCCUUGGGGGCGGUAUGCAUUCGAACAUAACUUGAAGGAUGUCUCUAGCUUUUUGGAGAAAUGCGACGGGGUUGCGCCGACGAGUUGGGUUUUUACAAGCUUUCCUAUCCCUCUGAAGUUGUUGGCCUUUGAGGCAAUUCCAAGCUUGAGGAACCAUUUCUGA